CCCCUACUCGACUAGGAGGCCAAUUCCUGGAAUCUUCUCUUUAGCUCCUAGCCUCCUGUCCUGUCCUAGUCUUGUUCCUGACGUGCCGAUCCCAGGAACCGACUCAAUUGACUUGUCCUAUCUCCGAUCCCGAGUCGUCUAGCUGCUACGGUCGGAAACCUGGCACCUCCGUCAUGGCUGGCUCACCACCCGCCUCGCUGUGGAGUCGCAAGCGCGAUUUGACGUAUUUUUUGUUCUUCGCAAUUCACAUUCCGCUCAUCUUCUUGGUUGACACCGUUCCUCUUCUCCCCUCUUUCCUCCAGACGGAAUUGAGUACACACAUCCGUGGAUUCUACAUCGAUACUUUCCAUGACAAAUUUUUUGAGAAUCCGGCUCCAGUAUGGUUUCAGACCUUCAUUUGGAUGGAGUUGUUGUACCAUUCUCCCCUGAGUCUCUGGGCCUUGGGUGCUCUACUCCGAGAUGACCCCAUGGUCCCCGUUCACUUGCUGGUCUUCGGGGUACAGGCUUUCCUCACCUCCUUGACAUGUUUGGUAGACUUGUGGAGUUGGACGGAUCGGACCGAGACCCAGAAGCAAAAUCUCACCAUGCUGUACAUUCCGUAUGUUGUGUUGGGGGCUUACAUGGCCUUGGAUAUGGUCUGCAGACUACGUGGGCGUUUGCUCCAGAAAACAAAGCGUGAGUAAAUGCUGAGACUUCGGUUCAUUCCGGGCUAGGGUCGUUGAUGCGGUGGAAACGACGUUCAAUGAUCAAAUAUUCCAGCUCUCAUUGCUAUUGUGAUGGAUAUAGAAGAUGCUGGGUGUACCAUUCACUGAUUUACUGACUUUGUGGUAUCAUCCGAUGCACAUGAUUCAAUUCUGGUAUAUAAAUACCUUGGUAUAGAAGGUUAUCUUCGUGGAAAAUACGGGUUAUGAUAUUAAUAUCUAAAUAUAGUACUGUUGUCAUUUUCACCUAUAUGAAAAAGGCUACUCUACAUGUCCCGUAGGUCACCGAAUAGACAAGGACUAGGUAGAUAUACAAAAAAUUUUAUUUCAAUAAAAUGCCUUUGCCAC